AUGACGUCACCAGCCGGCGUGCGCCUGGCUUAUUUGCGUCGCUUCAUCAGCGACCACGGCGGCGAGGCAUCCUUUGCCGGCCAGACGACCGCCAACGUUUGCUUGGAGGUUGUCCUACCACAAACCCAGCCGUCAGGGCUCUCGCUCGUCGACCAUCUCGCCAUCGAUGCAGCUACCGCCGCCUACGUCGCGCCAGCCAAUUGGUACGUCUCGCACGCGUGGCAGUACCUCUUCUUGGAGAUUGUCGACAGCCUCGAGUGCUUCUUCGCCGACCAUGGCCUGGCCGACGAGGCCGUGAUUUGGUUUUGCGUCGUCAACAACAACCAGCACGUCGCUGCGGCGCAGUCGUUCGAGCACUGGACAUUGACAUUCAAGACGAGUUUGGCGGCCAAUGGCAACGUGGUCAUGAUGUUGCACCCGUGGAACGAUCCGAUCGUCUUGCGGUGA